UCCUAGUACCAAUCUAUGAUAAUUGAGUCUGAGCAGAUCUCGAGAAUGGAGAAUCAUCCUCUGAGGCUAAGAGCAUGAACAAUGGUUCCUUAUAAUAAGACCAUUUUUUUAUGGUUGAGAAAAUAUCUAGAGUUCACUUCUAACCAAAGUGUUUACAAUUGACACAUAAAAUUCAUAAUGAACACUUUAUUUGCAAUAUCUUAGUACAAUCUUCUUUCUUGAACUUCAGGUUCACAUCUUCUUUAAUUGAAGAAUAUAUAUAAUCUAGCAUAUGUCAUGGAAUUUAUCUUCCAUUCAACUCCUUCAAAAAUCUUCCCUCAGUUCUACCUACCAUUGUGGUAUCUUGAUAAUUUAUCUUGAUUUAAGCCCAUUAAGCAUCCGCUCCAAAUAAUUACCACAUAAAUGAAGAUUCAAAAUCUAGUAUAAAAUGAUUUGUUCUCAUAAUCAAAAGUAUAGCCACUAAUUCGAUGCACUUUGCAUAUUAACUAGAGUCGCAUGCUCUUUUGUGACUAAAGAUGUUUAACAUAAUCUAGAAAUUGUGUCCAUAAAAUGAUAUAUGAAUAAAUCUCAUAAACUUCAGGUUGCGAGUUAAUCAUCAACAAAUAUGGCAAAUGUAAUGAUGCAUCAUAUAAAACAUUUAAAUUUUCAUCACGAAUAGUUGAUGGGCCCUUGAACAAUUUCUAAAUAUGUAUGAAAUGUAUCUCAAGUUUCAUUAGCGGCUGUGGAUCGGCGGACGGUGAUGGUCGACGGGGUUUCUCAAGAACAGUGGUUGGUGAAAUGGUCUGAUGGGUGUGAUGAUGAUACUUCGUGGGAGCCGAUGGACGACUUGGUGCGUCACUUUCCUGACCUUCGCCUUGAGGACAAGGACGUCCUUAACGGGGGGAGUUGAUACGGGCACGACGGAAACCGCAGGAGAUAGCCUAGAAGGGUCGAGCCGUCCCCGAAGGCAGGUUCGGGCGCCUCGCCACUACGACGAUUAUGUUUAGUUCAUUUUUUUUAUGUUUUAUUUAUGUAACGUAGAUUUUACUAGGAGAGCGGUCUAUAAGCUCCUUCAAGGGUUUUCUUUUCGGUUCUUUCCCUUGACGCCUUUUUUGAACCGACAGGUUAGUCGUAGGGUUUGAGGAAGUUCAUCCUAUAAAUAUGGUGCAUGUAAUUCAUAACGGGACAAACAAUAAUACAUCACCUCUCCUCUCCCUAGAUAUUCUCUUUCUUCUCUCUACAAACCCUAAUUUCCUUCCCUAAUUUUCCCCACAUCUUGGCCGCUGGACCCUUAAGGAACGAGAGGUUCCCUUCUCCGGCAGUGCUGAGGCGAUACACCUCGUAUCAACUGGUGCUCUCAUUCUCGAUCUCAUGGCGGCUUCUCCGGAACCUUCUUCGGUGACCCUGGCCGAUGUCAUGCAGGCCAUAACGAAUCUCAGCGCGGACUUGCAGGCUACCAAACUUUGUGUGGCAGAGAUUUCAACCAGUAAACAGCCCGGCGUGGAGGGCCAUAAGCCUCCUGCGAUGCCUUCCCAGGGCAGUUGGCGGCCGCCGCCGUCACGCACCACGCCACCAUCCUUCGACCCGGCUCCGCGUAUGCGCGUGGAUGCGCCGCGUUUCUCGGGGGACGACCCUACCGGUUGGAUCUUCCGUGUCCAAAAGUACUUCGACUACUUCUUGACGCCGGAGCCCGAGCGAUUACAGUUGGUUGCGAUGUUGAUUGACCAUCCGGCUUCCGAAUGGUUCCAUUAUUAUCAAGCUAAUAACGCCGACGCUACCUGGCAGGAGUUUUUAGAAGCAGUGCACCAACGCUUUGAUUCGGACUACUACGAGAACUAUGUGGGCUUAUUAUCCAAAUUGACACAGACCUCCACAGUCCUUGAAUAUCAAACAGCUUUUGAGGCUAUUCUUAAUAAAGUUUCCGGCGUCUUUGAUGCCACGUUGAUUGCGAUGUAUGUGGCCGGACUUAAACAGCCGUUACGUCGCGAGGUGAAUCUGCGCUGCCCCACGUCCCUGCCAGCCACGUUUGCAUUGGCCAGGGAGCUCUCCACCUGCCUUCACGAGGCGGCUGUCUCUUAUGGCACAGUGACCCGUCGUCCAUGGCAGACCCGCUCUGGUUAUCCUUCCACAGCCGGCCUUUUACCCACACCGACCCCCGCGGUAAAGCCAGACUUGGCCCAACAGCGCCCCCAAGACAAAACUUCCUCUUUACCAGUGGUCCGGCUAUCCCACGCAGAGAAGACCGAACGGAGUAAAAAGGGCCUGUGUUGGUACUGCGAUGAAAGGUGGACGUCAACACAUAAUUGCAAGCACCGUUUCCUCGUUCUCAUGGGCCCAGAUGAUGAUGAGGACGACACCGAUACUGUGGGGAAUCUGGAAUCAACCUCCGAUACACCAGUGAUCUCCGCCGACGUCUCCAGCAUACUGUCCUUGGCGGGCAGCCCGAGCCCCCGAUCCCUGCGCAUGGCUGGAAUGAUCAAAGAGGGGGUGGUCCAAGUUCUUUUGGACGGAGGCAGUACGAACAAUUUCAUUCAUCCGGCAGUUGCCGAACGGUUGGCUCUCCCUCUGCAACCGGUUAACCCAUUCCGUGUUUAUGUUGGUAACGGUGAUUCCUUGCGUUGUAUUUAUUCGUGUCCGCAAACCCCGCUUUUGCUGCAAGGCCAUUGUUUUGAAGUUGACUUAUAUCACCUGGCUAUUCACGGUCCGGAUGUGGUUUUGGGGGUACAAUGGUUGCAAACCUUUGGCAAGGUAGCCCACGAUUAUUCACAAAUGACGAUGGAGUUCACAUGGAAAGGGGGUACGGUGCUGUUACGGGGUGAUCAACUGCACCCACGGCCGGUAACAUACGGUCAGUUCUGCACACUCGUCGCUGCCUCGGAGGCCCAAGACGUUUAUGAACUCUUCCUGGCAGAUUCGGAGCCUCCUGCCACGCACCCGGCAUCCACGGCGCCCUUUGUCAUUCCUGCGGAUGUGCCGACGCCAAUCCGGGCAGUUUUGGAGGCUCAGGCAGCUGUGUUUGGCCUACCACAAGGGCUGCCACCGUCUCGUUGUUGGGAUCAUCGCCUUCACUUGGUUUCGGGAACCAAACCCAUUAAUGUGAGAUCGUAUCCGGCUGAUGCUUUAUCGCGCCAAGACGAGGAGGGGGACACGGCGGGUCUUUUCAUGGCCCUGGUACAGCCCAUGCCGCUCCUGUUGCGCGAUCUCCGCUUGGAAAAUCAGUCCCUGCAGGAGUUGCAGGACCUCCAUGCGGCAGUUCUUCGAGGUUCGGCAUCACCGGAUUUUUCGGUGCAUGAUGGGUUGCUUUAUUUCAAGAGGCGGCUGUACCUGGGCAGGGCUUCACCUCUGCGCUUGUCACUACUGGAGGAAUAUCAUUCCACUCCAGCCGCUGGUCACUACUGGUGCAAGUGUUUUAUUGGCCUGGCAUGCGCGGUGACCCGUCCUCCACCGUCUGUUUUUCCAACUAUUGCAGUGCGUUCGCGGGUACCGGAGGUAGAGGAGAUGCUACGUGAGCAGGCUGAACUCUUAGCUGAUCUUCGAGCCCAUUUAAUACAAAUGCAGCAGCGUAUGAGGCCUGGUGAUACACCACGGGUUUCCCUUCCAGAGCAUUUCUUUAAAGGUCGGCCCAUCGCCACUCUAGUAGCGGCUGUGGAUCGGCGGACGGUGAUGGUCGACGGGGUUUCUCAAGAACAGUGGUUGGUGAAAUGGUCUGAUGGGUGUGAUGCUGAUACUACGUGGGAGCCGAUGGACGACUUGGUGCGUCACUUUCCUGACCUUCGCCUUGAGUACAAGGACGUCCUUAACGGGGGGAGUUGAUACGGGCACGACGGAAACCGCAGGAGAUAGCCUAGAAGGGUCGAGCCGUCCCCGAAGGCAGGCCAUCCAUCUAGUGAAUUAUCAAUGACCUGGACAUAUAUAGAGGAGCAUGCCAAAAGUUGAAAUUGAGCAAUAUGCAUGAAAUCAUGAGGAUUAGUCAUUCAUUCAAAUGCAAAAUAAAUUGAUCAUGUUUAAACAUCCACAUGUAAAAGAUAGAUCAUACAUGGAAUAAAUGCACUUUGAAAAACAUAUUGGAAGUUUCAAGAGAAAAAAAACAGUGGAGGUCAAUAUCCAAAAUUUAUAGCAUUAUAGUGGACCGUUUCUGCACUUAAGUAACAUACUCAGCAUGGCACUUUGAAAAUUUAUCCAAAAUUUGAGGAGUAUUUUGAUUAUUGAUUUGGCUUUAGGGUAGCAUAAGAUUUAAAAGUUGCAGAUGCCGAAAAUAAAGAGAGAAAAAAUUGCAGCUAUUAAAAUGCUUUAGUUUCAUGAUUAUUUGUAUAAGUGUAUUGAGAAUUGUCAAGGCUAUGAUAUUUAAAAUUCAGCCUUCAAUUUCAUAGGAGAUUUUGGAUAUAUUAAACAGCUACUGUGUUUGAUUUGAAAUCAAAUUCAACCUCAAAACAGAAGCAACAUAUGCAGAGGCGUAAAAUAAAAGAAUUCCCCCUUUAUUAAAAUAACGAGCAAUUUCCUCAAAGAAAAACAGUGGGUUAUACACAACCAAUCCCUCCCUCAAAAUCAGUUCACAUAAAAAAAUCAUUUCGAAAAGAAAAAAAAUAGGGGAUAAUAGUACCCAAACACAAAUCAGAUUCCACGAUAUGGCAUAUAUAUGUAGAACAUACCAUAUAUCAGUUUAAUAAGAUUGAAUCUGAUAAAAUUGGGAUACCUGGACAGUGAAGAUCUGAAAAUAUCUGAAAAAGGAAAAGAGGAUGAUUGUGUUGCUUUCCGGCGAAAAGAAUGAAGAAAAUAAGCUUACGGCCCCCUUUUCUGCGUCAGCUCUGUUUUUUUUUUUUGUUUCGAUCGGUGGAAGAAGCGGUAUUGCCACAUUCCAAUCGGUGGUGGGGUUAAUCUGGAUCGAUGAUGGCGCUUUCCUCUGCAACUGGCCGGGCUGUCGCCGCCGGUCAUCUUGUGAUUUUUCCAUAUUCUCCACUACCUUAAGGGUAAUGGUAAUAUAUGAUAUGAAAACGU